AUGGCGACCACCACGCUCGCCCCCUCCCUCCGCGUUUCCCGCUUUAGCUCGAACCGCCUCCGCCCCUGUCCGUCCGCUCCUCUUCCGCUUGUCCCCCUCUCUGCGACAGUUCCGCGCACCCCCCAACUCCGCGCCCGGUUUCUCCGCGGGCAUUUCCGCGCAAGCGUGGGGAGCAGCUGGAAUCCCGCGAAAGUCCCAUCAGACGACGAUGACGUGGCUGCAGCUUAUUCGUUGAGGGCAAACGCAUCUAGUUUAGGGCCGAGCGGACAGGAGCGAGGGGCGGGGAGCGUGGGAAGCGGAGGGGUAGAGUCGCGGGGAGAAAGAGACCCGUGGGGACGGAGGGAACCUUUGGGGGGAAGAGAAUCUUUGGAGGGGAGAGAACCGCUGGGAGAGACAUACGCGCGGGGGGAGAGAGAGCAGCAGCGCGGAAAUGCGGGGGAUUGGGGUUCGUCGUCGGGGGAAUGGCGGUUAUCGACUGGCGGUGGUAGCAGCAGUCAAGGACUAGAUUAUGAUUUAGACCCGCUAAGAAGCAAUUCCGGUUAUCCUUAUAACUACCACACAGGCGACGAAGACCCAGAAGCUAGUAUGGACGCUGCAGAUCCUUACCCACCGUCCCCCCGUUCCGCCAUUCCCCCGCUCCCUUUACCCCGCACUCCGCCCACUCCCGCACUCCCCCGGUCGUCUCCCCCGCAACCGCGCCAGUCCUCUCCGCCUCCCCCCUCUCCUUCCCCUCCGCCACCAACGCCGCGGUCGUCGAACCCGUUCGCGUCGGUGAGCAAGUGGGCGUUAGCGGGGGUUUUCUUACUGGGGAUAGGCGCGGGCGUGUCGGUGGACACGGUGCUGAACGUGGAGCCCAGCAACGUGGCGUCCAGGGAGGUGAUUGACCGCCAGACGCCCAACCCGGACAUCUGCCUCGCCAACGGCAUGAGCGCCAUGGUGCUCGAUCAGCGGCUUUUUAUUUCCUUUAACCCGUUCAACGUGUAUGUAUCCCAGGCAGAGGUGAAGCCGGGGUGUGUGCUGCGGCAGAGCAACUGGCAUGUGCUCGAGUCCAAGGGGCUCAUUUCAUCGGAUGAAGUGCGCGACUGCAAGCGCAACAUGAACACGUUUGGGUUCGUGGGUGAUCUGAGGGAGUCCCCUGAGGUGUCGUGCGUGUACCACAGUGAGACGGCGGAGAAUCUGUUUUUGGAAGAUGCCAGCAAGUCAAAGAUCAGGAUUGGGGGGAGUCAAUGA